CAUGGAUCUCAAUUUUAAUGGUGUAUACCGUCGUAACCAAAUUGGAAAAACAAUCUUGCCAACUGAACAAGCCAAUUUUUUAACUAUUAUCCCAGUUAUUUCGAAUUUCUACAGCUUAUCGAAAAGAAUUGGCCGUGCUAUUGAGAUGUUAAAUGCUCCAUCUACACCGACAAAUCAAUCCUACCGUAGAUUAUCAAAUUCGUCACCUCAAAAACUUGUGUUUGCUUUCUUCAUUUACAAAAAUAAAGAUUUAGCUUUGACUUUAACU